GUAGGCCUGUUGAACCUGCAGAAACUGAUAAGUUUUGAAGAGCAUUGGUAACGCUGUCUCUUCCUUCUGCUUAUUCCAGAAUUUUCAGACGUCCAAGUUAGCUUCCAUUACAUUUAAUUUAUUCCAGCUUCCAAAAACAAUGAUUAUAUUGGUGGUCUUCUUGACGGCUGUGGUCGUAUCAUCUGCACUUCCUUUGACGAAACAAGAAUGGGACGCAGGCAACAGCAUUUAUGACAGCUUCAAUUUUUGGUCAAUAGCCGCCGAGGAAUACAACAGCGAAUUCUCUAACAACGACCUCAAGCUACCCGAUAUUUCAAGCAUUACAAAUAUUGACUUGCAUCUUGAUGACGGAGACAAGGUUACGGAAGACCUUAAUAAAAUGAUAGCUGAUAUGAAUAUACAAGGACUUAAUAAUGGCCUCAUGCCCCUCCCUAAACCAAGCUUCAAAGAUGAUGACUGGCAGAAAUAUGUAGAGGCCGAUGAGGAGCUUAAGAAAGAAGAAGAAGAGUCGAUGAAACAUCUCCAAGAGUCUAUGGAUGCACUGAGGCUGCGGCAGCGGAACCAAGGACUUGUAACUAAAAUUCCUUGGCUGAACGGCAUGUCCAAGACAAAGUCAUUUGUUCCCGAUGUUAACAACAUGGACAUUGAUGAGUUGUUGAGAAAUCUGUACGAAUCUUUGGAUAGACAGGGGGUACGCGUAGGUUAAUUCAUAGUAUUUUUUCUAUCGCAAUGAAGAUAGCACAUUUCUGCUAUGUAAACGAGCCUCUCCAGAAAAAAAAUAGGCCUAUAACAUUAGUCUUUUCUAUCCCUACAGAAAAAUUAAACAUUUCGAACAAUUGAUAUUUUGUCACAUUUGAAUAUUAUUCUUCGGAUAGGCCUAUUCGAACAUAUUUACAUAAAUGUUGAUGACUAUCACGUAACCGAUAAUGCUUUAUGAUAAUAGUUUUGUCAUAAUGUAAAACAUUUUGAAAAUUUUAUAAAAAUGUAUGAGUGAAUAAACUAAAUUUGACCGAA